AUGAACGACCCAGGCCUCAACACCCUCCUAAAAUGGUCUAUCGAAAACUCGGCCGUCUCAGACACCGCCGAACCCACCCAACCACGCACACAACUCAACCCCGAGCUGCUCGCCCAACUAAUGGGCGGCCCCUCUGAUGCCGACCGUAUGAUUUCCUCCAUGCAAGCCAUCCACGACCCCUCCGUCGACCACGAAAACAAAGGCAUCGCCUGGGACAAUUUCGAGCAAUUGGUCGAGAAUCUCGAUAACGCGAAUAACAUGGAGACAUUGGGGUUGUGGAUGCCGUUGGUGCAGAUGUUGGAGUCAGAGGAAAAACAGGAUAGGGAGAUGGCUUGUUGGUGUUUGGGCACGGCGGUGCAGAACAACAUCAAGUGUCAGGAGCGUGCACUAGCUGUUGGCGCAAUUCCCAAGGUCGCAAAGCUUUGCUCAGACGUGGAUGCUGGUGUGCGCAAGAAGGCUAUCCGUGUCAUCAGCUCCGAGAUUAGAAACUACCAGCCUGCCUUGGAUGAGGCAGUCAAGUUCNUGCCCGCAGAGGUUGUUGGCGAGGGCAAGUUUGAUGCCGAGGACAUGGCCAAUGUGGAUGUGCUUGUCAAUGGACUGAGGGAGAGAAGUGCCAAGAUGGCGUAG